CUAGGGUUUUUGUGUGUAUCCCCUGUCCACCCUUCUCAUUCCCUGUCGGUUCUCUUCUCUUUCUCUUUUAUCCUUUUCGGCGUCACUUUUCCUCAUUUUCAUUAGCAAAUUUUUAGCGUUUUCUCUUCCUUUUGGGGUUCUGGGUUUUGUUCUCUGAGAGAUAAAAGCUCACUCUCUUUUCUCCCUGUUUCUCUCUGUUUCAUUUCGUCUCCUCUGUUUGUUUCUUUUCAAGGAAAUGAUAAAGCUUUCUUCUGAUAGUUGCAAACUUGGUAUUUCAAUAUCCAUCAAGCCGCUCUAGCUUUUUUUUUCUUAUUCUUUACCAUUCUGUUUUGAUCAAAGAUCUUUGAAGAGUUGCUUCAUGGGUGUAAUGGAUCUGAGAGAAAAGAAAUCAUUGAGCGAAGCUGUGAUGAUGAGUGAGAACAACAAGAAGUUUUGUACUGAUUGCAAAACCACAAAGACCCCUCUUUGGAGGGGUGGCCCUGCUGGCCCCAAGUCACUGUGCAAUGCAUGUGGGAUCAGAUACAGGAAAAAGAGAAGAGCAAUGUUGGGUUUGAACAAAGGAGCAGAGAAGAAGAAAGAGAGAUCACAGUCUUCACACGGCAGCUCCACCACCACCGGCACAACCAGCUCUGCUUCUGUUGCUACAACAAAUGUUGGUGAUAAGAAACCCAGUCGGCAAUUGAAUGGGUUGAGUGAGUCUGUGAAGAUGAGAUUAUACGCCUUGGGCAGUGAAGUUUUGUUGCAAAGAUCAUCAUCAUCAUUAUUAUCUGGGGUGGUGAAGAAGCAGAGGUGCCAAAGGAGAAGGAAGCUGGGAGAGGAAGAACAAGCUGCUUUUUCUUUGAUGGCAUUGUCCUGUGGCUCUGUUUUUGCUUGAAAAUGGAAGAGACAAGACAAAAAACCAAAAAUGGGGGUUACCAAAAAAAAACCCAACCCACAUAACAUCUUUUACAUUUUUUUUUUCACAAUGUCUUUUUUUUUUGUCUUCUUAGUUUAGCCCUUUGUUUCUUAGUGAAAUGAAAAUACCCUUUGAUUUUGGCUA